AUGGCUCCAAAGGAUAAUGGCAUCUCCCGGGAGAGUGUCCCCACGGGCACGACGCUGACCAUCAUCGUCGUCUUCAUCAGCGUGGCGCUCUACAACGUUGGCGAACUGGCCUUCAUCAUCAUGGCCACCUUCAAGCGGCGCAGCGGCCUCUACUUUUGGAGCUUUGUCGUCGCCACAGGGGGCAUCGUGCCGUACGCCGUGGGGUUCUUGAUCAAGGCGCUCCAAUCACCCUGCCCCAACUGGCUCUACGUCACCAUGAUCGUGGUCGGCUGGUGCUGCAUGGUGACGGGCCAAUCCGUCGUCCUGUACUCGCGGCUGCACCUCGUGCUGCGCAACGAGCGCCGGCUACGCAUGGUGCUGAUCAUGAUCAUCACCAACGCCAUCAUCUGCCACAUCCCCAUCACCGUCAUGGUCUACGGGGCCAACUCGAGCAACCCGGACCCCUUCGUCGCCCCCUACUCCGUCUACGAACGGGUCCAGGUGACGCUCUUCUUCAUCCAGGAGGCCAUCAUCUCGGCGCUGUACAUCCACGAGACGGUCGAGCUGAUGCGGACGCGGAGCGGGGGGGGCAUGGACGGCGGCGCGCGGGGCAGCGCUGCGCGGUGGCUGAUGACGCACCUGAUCGCGGUGAACAUCAUCGUGGUGAUGCUGGACGUGACGAUCCUGGCGCUCGAGUACGCGGGCCUGUACGACGUGCAGACGUCGUGCAAGGCGCUGGCCUACAGCAUCAAGCUCAAGCUCGAGUUCAGCGUCCUCAACCGCCUCGUCGAGAUCACCCGCGGCGGCACCUCGGGCCACGACAGCUCCUACGACCGCACCCCCGUCGACCGCAGCGGCGUGCGCAUGGGGACGCUCGAUGGGGAGCAGAGGAGGAACUGGAAGAGUCAGGCCGGCGGCGGCGGCAGUGGGAUGGGGAACAGGGUGCAUGUGCGGUCCUGCGCGCGGCCGAGCGUGGAGCUCGCGGAACCCGCGGGGGCGUCGGUCAUGAUGACGACGGAGGUUACCGUGCAGAGGGUUCGGCGCGGCUCCAUAUCGGGUGUGGAGGGGGAUGGGGAUGGCGGCAGCGACCUGGUGAGUAUUGGUGAGGCGUCUGGUAUGACGCUGGAAUCGACAACGGAAGGCACAGCAGGGCAGUCCCGGGCGCCGUCGCACUCUUCGGAGCGGCAGAUCAUUGAGAGGGUAGACUAG